AUCACUUAAACGAAGAUAUUGUUUUUGAGAUCUUGCCUUUUAGCCAUGCCUUCCUCAGUCGACCCAAAUGAUGAACGCCAACAACAACUCAUACAGGAAAUGCCCGGGAUUACAAUGGAGAUCAUCCAGAGCGGCUUGAUGAGGUCCAAUUGGGCAGAUCUCCUAAGCGCAGCCCCCCUCUCGGUUUCUAUAUUGGGACAGUGCUUUAUUGCCGCUUCGGCGCCGGUAGCAUUGACGAUGACUUUGGAGAAAGGUGGUGAGGAGGGUUCGCUCAUACCUCACCGUUCCUUACGGGCCAACUUGUUCCACUGUGGAAAUAUCGGGCAGCGGGCAUUCAUGGACGCUCAAUCGAGGAUGCAAACUUUGACCACGCUAUCCAACCAUAUUUGCAGGAAUAAUGGGGUUGUAAGGAUAAAGCCUAUUCCUUCUUCCUCUUGUUCUCCCCAAAUGGGGCCUGCUCACAGAUUUCUUUGGAUAGAUCAAUCAAAUACUCGCAGUGUUGGAUGACCCGAAAACCGCGAAAAAAACACUUCGUCGGUUGAUGAGUAGACUUGAAACAUCAUCUCGUCGAUGUAAGGAGGAAGCGGAAGCAAUGGAGAAACAAUUUGAUUCCUGGAAGGAGUUUGUCUCAAAUCUCCGAUUAGCUGUCACGGAUAGCGAAACGGAGAAAGCAAACUUGAUGAAGCAAAACGAGGAGCAGCGCAUUGUCCGGCAAGCUAACAUAGAACAAAGGGAGAGGGCGGAAGAGGAAGCCCGGAAGGCGGUUUUAGCACUGCAGGAUGCCUUCAGGGACGCUAGUAAGUCACUGCAAACUGCCAUGUCAGGUGUCAACCAGGCAACAGAGUCGCUGGGGAAGAGCCCGGACCCGGCAUCAAUUCCCAAGGUCAACCUUUAUAGGCCGAGUGAGCACAGGGUCAAGGACGGGUUGCUGGGACAGACGGUCGAUUGGAUAACAGGUGGAAGUCGUGCUGCUCGGCGAGCCGAAAGGGAAUACAAUGAAGCUCAGCUGAGAGCUGGUGAAAUUCAGAAGGAGUUUCUGAGAGACCACUACGAAGCAGCAAGAAAGAGGGUUGAAGAGGCUAGGAAAAAUGCAGCGGAAACCCAAAGAAUACACAUGGCCAUACUCGAGAAACAAAGGACGGCGGAAGAGGAGUUGCAGAAGGCUUCUGAGGCCAUAAUUGAGUCCACUUUGGAUUUGAGUAAUCUGGAUACCGAGAAGUUAACAUUGAACACCGUCGAUAGACACAGAUACAAGAUAUCCUAA